GUCACGUUCACGACCGUCCACUCUUUACAAACUUCCACCAACACACCAACAGCAGCCAUUUGAAACUGCAAGUUCUGCCGUGGACCAACGCCAGUAUGAUCAUCGACGGUGUGGAAGUCAGUAUAGUGUCGGCCACUACUGGUCUGCCACUUCGCGAGUACCUUGCUCCAGAUGAUGCUAAAGGCGAGACCCAAAACGUACGCUACAUUGAAUCGAUCGCUGGAGAGCAGUUUUCUAUCAUAUACAAGUUGCAUCCCGAGUUUAAACGCCUAGGUUGUUCCUUAGUAAGCCUUUAUAGGGAUGCCUGGAAAACAUAUCGCCCAAUCCCAAAGGUAAUUAAUUCACCAAUCGAGUUGUGUAAAUGGACUACAGGCUUGAAUUACCUUGACGGCAAAUGGUACGAGGGUCAACUCGCUUUUAGCGACUACGAGCUACAGGACGAAUCGACUGAAGAUGACCAGUCUAUAGAGCCCGGCGUGAUGAAGCUCAAAGUAGUAACGCGUGUGCAAGUGUCAAGAACUAGGAUGGGAGCCUCAUAACCGCAAAAAUGCUAGGCUUGUAGUGAACGAAAAGACAACCAUAAAGCAAGUA